ACUCCCGGCCCUCUUCGGACUGUAAGAGGGGUUUGCAGUUACCAAGUGCUCAGUGCUCCAACUGAACCUGGCCAAAGGAGAUGACACCAGUCAAGAAGGGUAUUAUUGAACGUCUGAAUGCUGGAGAAGUGGUAAUCGGUGAUGGAGGCUUUGUCUUCGCUUUGGAGAAGAGGGGGUACGUGAAGGCGGGGCCGUGGACUCCUGAGGCCACUGUCACACAUCCUGAGGCCGUGCGUCAGCUGCACAGGGAGUUCCUGAGAGCAGGUUCUAAUGUCAUGCAGGCUCUCACAUUCUACGCAAGCGAUGACAAACUGGAGAACAGGGGCCAUGUCCUUAAAAUCACUGGGGCACAAAUCAACGAGGCAGCCUGUGACCUGGCAAAGGAAGUCGCCAGUGAAGGAGACGCGCUGUCAGCUGGUGGAGUGUGUCAGACCCCGUCCUACCUGAGCUGUAAGAGUGAGACCGAGGUGAAGGCCAUCUUUAAGAAACAGGUGGAUGCCUUCGUAAAGAAAAAUGUGGAUUUCCUGAUUGCUGAGUACUUUGAGCACGUUGAGGAGGCAGUGUGGGCUGUGGAGGUUUUGAAGGCCACUGGAAAGCCUAUAGCUGCUUCUCUGUGCAUCGGACCAGAGGGAGACAUGCACGGUGUUUCACCUGGAGAGUGUGCCGUCAGGUUGGUCAAAGCCGGUGCACAGAUUGUGGGUGUCAACUGUCACUUUGACCCCAUGACCUGCGUGAAGACUGUUAAGAUGAUGAAGGAGGGAGUGGAGAAAGCUGGGCUGAAAGCUCACUACAUGGUGCAGCCUCUUGCCUACCACACACCUGACUGCAAUUGUCAAGGAUUCAUCGACCUGCCAGAAUUCCCCUUUGCCUUGGAGCCCAGGAUUCUGACCCGCUGGGACAUGCACAAGUACGCCAGGGAGGCCUACAAUGCAGGAAUCCGCGUCAUUGGUGGCUGCUGUGGGUUUGAGCCUUACCAUAUCAGAGCUUUGGCAGAGGAGCUGGCUCCAGAGAGAGGAAUACUGCCUGAAGGAUCAGAGAAACAUGGAAUGUGGGGUACAGGACUGGAGAUGCACACCAAACCCUGGGUCAGAGCCAGGUCCCGCCGUGAGUACUGGGAGCAGCUCUUGCCUGCAUCUGGUCGUCCUAAAUGUCCCUCCAUGUCCACUCCAGAGGGCUGGGGUGUGACAAAGGGCCAUGAUGAUCUUUUCCAGCACAAGGAGGCCACCACCGCACAGGAAAUGAAGCAUGUGCUGGAGAAGCAGAAGAAAGCCAAGACUGCUUCAUGAGCA